AUGUCGGCAAGUACAGGUACACUAAAGGCGCUGAGGCAAUUUAGCAGUUGCGAUAUCGGCGAUGCACUGGUCAAAUUGAAGGUGCCAAAUGGAGGCUUCCUGACCGGCCUGAGGAUGUUUUCACCAGAAUAUCGAGCCGGCCAAUCUAAAAUCUUCGGUCCAGCGCACACGGUCCGAAUGGUAGAUGCAGCUGACAAGUCCGCGCCGAAGCCCAAGCAACACUUUGCGGACAGCAUCGCGCAUGGUAGUGUGGUCUUUGUGUCGCAACCCAAGGGAUAUACAAGUGCUUGUUGGGGAGGAUUGAUGAGUACGAGAGCCCAAAAACUUGGUGCAGCCGGUGUUGUCAUCGACGGCCGAUUCCGAGACGUCAACGAACAUAGGGACUUAGAAAUAGGGCUCUUCGCACGAGAUUGCAGUAUUUUGGGCUCCAAUACCUUCACGAGAUCUUCUGAGAUCAACGUGCCGGUGGCUUAUGAGAUUGACGAGCUCUCAGAGGGCAGCACGAUUGUGAUACAGCCAGGUGAUAUCAUCCUAGGAGAUGCCGAUGGUGUUGUCGCUACCCCAGUCAGUCUCAUAGAUGAGUGUCUCAGGCUUUGCCAGGAAAGGGCUGAGAUUGACAGGAAGACAUUAGAGUGCUUGGAGGCUGGUGAUCCCAUGGGCCCUACGAUUGAAAGAUUACGCAAGUAG